UUCGAGUUAUCACUCAUAUUUUCGCAUUUUAUGUACAAUGAUGGAAAAAAGUUUUACCAAAGAAUAUGUGUUCCUUUAUAACGUAGAAAAUAAUUUUUGCAGAAGCAAAAGUACAUACGAUAGAAAAGAUACACGAACAUGGCUAAAUAGAACCUUUGCUGCAAUCGGUACGCGCCACGUGCAAGUAUUAUUUAUGUUCGCCUUGUUGACCAUCGGAAUCGGAAUGCGAGUGCAAUUCUCCGUAGCCCUAGUCGCGAUGACGGAUAGAACGUCUUCAAAGAAUCCUGAUGUACCAGUUUACGACUGGAACAACAAAGGGGUACUACUGUCCUCGUUCUUUUGGGGAUACGCGAUUCUCCAAAUCGUCGCGGCUCUGAUGGCAAGAGUGCACGGAUCGAAGGUACUUCUGAUAGCAUCGAUGGCGACUAACGCUGUAAUAUGCUGCUCAAUUCCAACGGUGGCUAAGCUGAUGGGUUCGUACGGGGUAAUGGCGUGUAGAGCGAUAAUGGGACUCGCGCAAGGAUUUUUCUAUCCUUCCAUAUACGGCGUGCUGACGAACUGGGUGCCCUCCUCCGAAAGGGCGCAUUUGGGCUCUUCGGCGCUUGCUGGUGUGCCUUUCGGUAUUAUAACUGGAAUGUCCAUAACCGGGUUCAUCUCUGCUUCAUGGGGCGGUUGGCCGUGUUCGUUUUACUUUUACGGAAUGUUGGGGUUCUUGUGGAUUAUCGGUUACUAUGUAGCCGGCGCAAGUUCGCCCGCUUUGCAUCCUAAAAUAACAGAAAAAGAAAAAACUUUUAUAGAAAAUGAUGCUUCUAGGAAUGAAACCAAAGCAAAAGUUCCAUGGACUGCAAUAAUGACAAGCCCAGCGUUUUGGGCAAUCUUCUUCUCUUAUAUUGGACAAAGCUGGGGUUAUCAGACAUUACUUUCAGAAUUGCCCGUUUACAUGAAUAAAGUCAUGAAAUUCAACAUUGAAACAAAUGGAAUUCUAUCCGCCACACCGUACCUCAUAAUGUUCAUUAUUAUUAUUUUCACCGGUUACUUUUCCGAUUACUUAAUAAAUAACGAGUAUUUGACCGUGAAGCAAUCGAGAUGUAUAUUUAAUUCAUUAGCAACUUUUGGACCAGCAAUCGGUUUGGUGGCAUUGAGUUUUAUGCCCGAGACGGCCGUAAUUCCUUGCGUAAUAAUGCUGAUCAUAGCCGUUGGAACGCAAGGAGCGUCGUCUUCCGGAUUCGAGAUCAAUUCCAUGGACAUUUCGCCUAAUUUUGCUGAAAUUUUGAUAGCUUUUUCCAAUGCUGCUAGCGAGGUUUUUUCGAAUUUAGGACCGCUGGCCGUUCAGUUUGUUGUAACAGAUGAGACCAAUAAAGCACAGUGGAGAAUCAUUUUCCUAGCAGCAGCAGCUUCGUAUGUUCUAACGUCUACAAUUUUCAUAAUAUUCAUGCGAGCCGAUGUCCAACCUUGGAAUAAUACUGAUAAAGAAAACGAUGAAAAUAAAGCAUGAAAUAAAAUAA